AUGCGAUUAGUGCUGAUUACCUUCCUAGUCUACCAGAUCCUUUGUGUGCGAUGCAUACUCGAAGUUGACGUGGCUAUCAUCGGCGGUGGGCUCGCAGGUCUAUCAGCAGCAAAAGACCUAGCAAUCGCCAACAAGUCAUUUGCCAUCCUCGAGGCCCGCACCCGAGUAGGCGGACGGGUCUUGAACGCCAAUUUCCCGGGGAAGGGCGCCGAAGAGCUCGGCGGCGAGUACGUAGGUCCAACACAGGAUCGCGUGCUGGCUUUAAUUUCAGAGCUUGGAUUGAAGACCUACAAGACGUUUACCGCUGGGGAUUCGAUGUACUACCGAAACGGCUUUUUACAACGCUACCUGGAUCGUUUUGGAGGUAUACCUCCGGUGGGAAUAGGGUCACUACUUGAACUUGCAGGAUUGAUAAAUGAAAUCAAUACGCUGGCUAGCACGAUUAACCUGGAAGAGCCGUGGAAGAGUCCAAAUGCGACCAUUUUGGACUCCAUGACACUCGAAACAUUCAUCAAUUCCCGCAUCUUUACGGCUGAGUCUCGCAUGCUUCUCGGAAUUUUAGUUCCGGGCAUCCUCUCAGUCGAGAUGAGGGAGCCGUCGCUACUAUAUGCACUGUGGGGGGUUGCAGGAUCAGGCAACGCUACGCUGCCAGGAUCAAUUGGUCGUGUCAUAGCUGUCGAUGAGGGCGCACAAGACAGCCGAGUGAUUGGAGGCAGUCAGAUGCUGGCAAACAAGCUGGCCGACAACUUGGGCAGAGAAAACAUUUUUUUCAGAGCACCAGUUCGGAAAGUGAAAUUUGAACAUGCCUGGUAUACCAUCACCUCCCCAACACUCAAUGUCUCCGCGAGACAUGUAGUCGUUGCCAUUUCGCCUCCUUUGACGAGCCGCAUCGUCUUCGAUCCCCCUUUGCCAGCGGGGCGAGACCAAUUAAAUCAACGCAUGCCAAUAGGGGCAAUCGGAAAAGCAAUUGCCAUCUUUCCAAGGCCUUGGUGGCGUGGACAAGGCCUAAAUGGAGCUGGUAUAAGCGAAACAGGUGCCAUUCGUAUAACCUACGACAAUUCCCCGCCGAAUGUGUCUUUUGGUGCAUUGAUGGGCUUUAUUGAAGCGGAUGAAAUGCGCAAGUUAGACAACGCCAGCGAUGACGAGAUUCAACUUCAGGCUAAACAGUCAUUCGUCAAUCUUUUUGGGCCGCAGGUGAAUACGGCGACUCAAAUCCUGGUUCAUCGGUGGAAUACGGAUCAAUUUUCCAGGGGGGGUCCAGGAGCAUUUAUGCCUCCUGGAGUUUUGACUCAAUAUGGACCCUUCCUGCGCGCUCCAGUGGGGAAUAUCCAUUUCGCUGGCACGGAAACUGCUGUCCGUUGGAUCGGUUAUAUGGAUGGAGCUAUCAGCUCAGGGGAACGGGUUGCUGCAGAGAUCUUGAGCAAUUUCUGGUUUUUUUUGCUCGGUCAAGAAUGA